CUCAACUACCAGGACUCACCACACUCGUCUUCAACCUAUUAUUCGUUAUAACUGGAGGCUUUCUAACUCCAUGACCUGUUAAUGAUGGCGUCCAAAACAGACCUUUGCAAGCCAUGUCUCACCGCAUUUUCUCAGCCUCUGCCAAAUUGCUCCGUCGUCGGACAUGCCGAUGGUGUCGUUUACAAGUGCACAAGAGACCACCUCUGCCAGUCGUCUUGUCCGAUGUGCAUCCUAAUACAAGGCUUGAUCGACAGAGCGGAUAAGGCUUACGGAAGACUCUCGUCCGAUGAAGUCGAGUUGCGGCUAGCACAUGACCGUGGGUCUCACAGCGGUUAUCGCCCUCCUGCAUGGACCGACCCGGAUCCAAGACGACAGCCUGAGGAAGACAGCCUGCUGGAAGGGGCCGAGGACAGCCCGGAGUCUUGGUACAGCUUGAAAAUUUGGCUCACCCCUGACGUUUAUUCCUACAACGCCACCUCCAUUCUUUAUGUUACUCUUGCUGCGGACUUUGGAACGUCUGCCGCAGCGCAUGUCGUUGCGCGUCCGCGGCCUGUUGAUACAACUACGACCUUCUCCAUCAUCAAACGUUGGAUUCAACAUUGUGACGGCCACCACGCAUCUUGUAGAGAUGCCACGCAUAACGCGUCCGAGAUGCCUAGGCGUCUUCUCUGGGUGUCGAAUGCAGACAUCUUUCCCGAUAUACGGGUUGCGCCAGUCUCAACUGGAAAGCGCUAUAUCGCGCUCAGCUAUUGUUGGGGUGGUGCAGCCGAAGCCAGUACCCAGAAGAAAUCAACAUCUGCUACCAUCGCCGAAAACGAACUCAAAAUUUCUUUCCAAUCACUACCGAAGACAAUCCAAGACGCGGUGUCAGUUUCCAGGGAGCUUGGCAUCGAUUAUCUCUGGGUUGACGCGCUGUGUAUCAUCCAGGAUGACGAUAAUGACCGAAACCACGAGAUCGCCCGCAUGGGUGCCAUUUACGCGAAUGCAUAUCUGACGCUUUCCGCCUCCGGGGCUAGCCACUGCGCCGAGGGAUUUCUCGAACGCCCACUGACAGAGUAUCGUGAAUCCGAUUUCUUUGAGGUACCGUUACAACUGCCCGGAAAAGGCGGUCCAACACUGGUCAAAGCGAGCCGCGCAGGGGUCCGGAACAUCUGGUCCAAAGAAAACGGGAAUCUCUUUUGGUUCCAGAACCGGGAGCUCUUGCACACAAGAGGCUGGACAUUCCAAGAGACAUUCUUGUCACCACGGUUGCUGAUAUAUACCUCCCUACAACCAUAUUGGGUCUGUCGUGAAGCGUUUUGGUCGUGCGGAGAUCCUGGCCCGAUGGAGUAUCUCAGAAGCGUCUACCUUCAGGACAUGCUCGAACUGCGAGAGAUGUCUGAUAGACAACAGAAGUACAUGCAAUCCCUCCCUUCAGACGAUCCGAAUUCUUCGGCCGAGCUAUGGCGUUGGGGCACCAUCAUACACUGGUUUUCAUCACGCCGAUUAACGUUGGUUGAGGACAAACCUCUUGCUCUUCAUGCCGUCAGGGACAAGUUCACUCGCCAUGACCCUAGCCUGCAAGACUGCGCGUUGGGUUUAUUCCGUUCCACUGCCCAUAUGGAUCUCCUAUGGCACACCAGACAUGGGGCUGAUCCACAGUCUAAACAACUCUCUGAGUUCCCGAGCUGGACCUGGAUGUCUUUUGAUGGCGGUGUAACGUGCCCCUUCAAGUACGGAGGACCACAGGAGUCGAGCAUGAUCAAGACACACGAUGAAUUUGAGAUCGAAAGUUGGCCGGGAUGUGAUCAGUUUGGACGACUGCUUCCCGACAGUUCGCCGAUGAAGCUCCGGGGUAUCACGAGAGAGGUGGCCAUCCCACACCGGUUCUGGAAAGAUGGUUAUGCGUCUGCUCAGGAUAUGCCAUGCUUUUCACUCCGCGUCCUUGGGCUACGGGAGGACGAGUGGGAGGAGAAUGAAGACAGGAUUGGCCAUAUCACUUUCGAUCAGUACCGGAUGCCGAGCUCGGAUGAUGACUUUGAGAACAAUCCGCCAACCCGGUAUAAGACUCUUCAGAUCCUCGUUAUUGCGCUGCAAAAAGAACACAUCGACAACACACUGAGCCUCCCUGACGAUAGACAGGGUUAUGAAGCUACGUACGGACUUGUCAUUGCUCCGGCAUUGAGAGCUGGAGGAAGACAUCGGAGGAUAGGGUUCUACAAAGGAGGGGACAAUAGUGUUUCAUAUUUUCACAAUGGGGUGACAGAGGAGUUUGACCUUGAAUGAACAGUCAACACCCCAUUACCUCGAUACAUUUCAGGGCUUAGUUCGCAAGCUGCGACUGAGUAAAAAAACUCCAAAUCUCCCCCGGAACCCAAGAUCUAGCACCGCUCUCCGGCCCGUUAUCAACCGCCCCCGGCCAAUGCCCCCCAUCAAAAGGAAUCCACGUCACAGGAUACCCGCUCCUGCACCCGUUAAAGUUAGUCUUGAUAUGAAUCCCACUCCCCCUCGCCGGCUCAGGCGCAUUGGUGUUUUGACACCCGUUAUUUCUCACAAACCGAUCCCUCAUCGCCCUCCCCUGCCCAACGUUCAACGUCCCGUCCCAAACCCCAUGAAUGCCAAGAUACGCCACAGGAUCAUUCCCACCGCUGCAACCAGACAACUGCCCACCCCCAAUAACAGCCACACCCCUAAACUCCCUCGCCCUUGAACACGCCAGGCUGAAGGUCAUACUCCCCCCGUAAGAAAACCCCAAACUGAACCUCUACCUCUGGUUUACGCACAAGGCAUCUUCGAUGUGACGAAUCAUGGCAUCGACAAAAGCGACGUCUUCUCCCCCGUUAUUAGCCCACCCAUUGUUGAUCCCCUGAGGUGCGACUAAAAUGGCGGACUCCCCUGCGUUGCGCUGCAUCCCGUAAUAUGACCAUAGCUCGCGGUCGGUGCCGCCCGAGGAGAUGUCGUUCAUUGUGCCACCGACCCAGUGGAAGGCGAAGAUGAGGCGGUAGGAGCGGUUGGGGUUGUAGUUGUUGGGGACGCGGACGAUGAAUUGUCUUUGUCGGCCGUUGGCGUUUACGGUGCGGACGCCGGAGCCAAAGGGUGAUUUGCCGCAGCCGGGUGAGGGGUUGGAGAGUUGGCGGGGGACGAGCACAGUUUCAGGGGUGGUGGAGGGGAGGGCGUGGGCUAGGGAGGUUGAGAGGGUGAGGAGGCUGGUGAGGAGGUGGGUGAGGGCUACCAUCGUUGCUGGCUGGGCCCUUUGCUCCGGGACUGAGUGACUUGAGGGUGAGGGUUGAAGUUGGGUGCUGUGUUGGCGAAGAUGUGGCGAGCUAUAUACCUGUCAGGUAGGAUACCAGGUUGGUGAGGAGUCUCACCACGAGGUUGUCAUGGCAAGAUUGGCCCAGGAGCAAAAGGUUGACAUUUGACACCUACCUAACUAACAUGGCGAACCUUACUCCCGGACAGCUUCCAUCCGUGACUGUGGCAAUGGGGUUCAAGCGGAAGACGGGACAUAACCUGAUUGGCGCGCUUUGUCCCGCUGCGUCGUUCCUGGUUGAGUCGAAGCGACUACAACCUCGCUAAGAUGAACUGCCGAUGGCUGGAGCCUCUCGUUUAUGGGACUGAUGGGGUUGUAAGGUUGAGUUGAUAUCAAAUGAUUGUGUUGGGUGAAAGCCAUUGGAGGAGAAUUGUUGACAGUAACAAGUUUCGCCGUUUUAAAGCGAAAGUACGGCGAUGUUAUAGGGGCGGAUGGAAAACUGGAUGCUUUUUUGCGGUUGAGAUAUAGCAGUCGAUGAAUGAUAUAUAUGACUGGAGAUGAGGCAACCAGGUAAUGGGCAAGAAUAGGAG